AUGACGAUAAAUCUCAGAAUAUCUCAAGACAAAGAAGUGAGAAGGAUCAAGAUUGUUUUCUACAGAAAAUGGAAGGAAAAACUUGUGCCUUGUGAUCAAGAAUUGUCCUCCUUUUAUAGCUCCGAAGUAGAUCGCAACCUCCUCCGCGUAUCUCGUCCACGUGCAACUACCGAUCCCGCUAUUUCCGGAUCUGAACGGUCGAAACGAGAUUCUCGUCUGACUCGUUCAAGAUCAGCUAGCAGACUUGACUCCGUCGAGCUAGAGCUCGACUUCGUCUUCACAAGUAGCUCGGACAGUAAACAGCUGGAUUUUGGACAAAGAUACUUGGUGGGCUUGAAGUCAUUUUACUGGACCUAG